AGUUGCCAACUUGUUAAGCAUGACUGGAAUCAAAUGCGGUAACUGGGUUACUACUAUUAUAUGUGCAAUUAGUGGAUGACGAGCUCCUCAAUAACUCAACGCUAAAAAGAAACACGUUUAGUGGAGUACUCCCUUGUCUCUCCUACACCCUCUCCAGUCCACUCUGCAAUCUGCAUAUAAACACAAAGAAGCCAGCCCUGACAUAAUCAAGUACUAGCUUGCACAAACAAUUAGCCCGCAACUGAUCGAUGCUGCGAGGCGUAAGUUGGUGCCUUGGUGCCGAACUCUUGACGCCGAUGGUUAAGGUACACUCCUCCUCCUCCCCAUGGCCGCCGCCGCCGCCCGAUUCGCCAUCGGCCUGCCCUCCGCCCGAUUGGGCAUCGGCGGCUGAGGCCGGCUCAGCAGGGGAGGAGGGCGCGAAUAACGCGAACGCGGGCUCGCAGCGGGAGGUGUUCACCAUCUGGAUGAAGUCGCUGCUGCUCAACGGCAGCGGCUGCACGGUGUUCGACUCGUGCGGCCGCGUCGUGUACCGCGUGGACAACUACGGGGGCUCCUCGUCCCGCCUGCACGGCCGCCGCUCCGCCGAGGCCGUGUGCCUCAUGGACGUCACCGGCAGCGUCGUGCUGCAGCUGCUCAGGAAGAAGUUCGGGAGGUGGGAGGGCCACAGGAGCGGCUGGUGCCCGGCGCCCGCCGCGGCGCCGGAUCAGGAGCCGUGGUUCACGGUGGACAGCAAGGCGUGGGGAUCGUGGCGCCACGGACCGCGGUGCGAGUUCUUCAGAAGCGACGACGGGCGGCCCGUGCGGUACAAGAUGGCGGACGGCGGCAGGCGGGCGGCGUCGAGGAUCGUGGACGAGGCCACGGGGCUGGCCGUGGCGGAGGUGAAGAGGAAGCUGACGGCCACGGGGGUGUCCCUCGGGGAAGACGUGCUCACCCUGGUCGUGGAGCCCGGCGUCGACCGCGAGCUCAUCGUGGGCCUCCUCGUCGUGCAUGGACUCAUCAACCAUAGCAUGUGAUGUCUCAGAGUGUCCUUGUAAUGAAUCGCUACUUACAUGAAUAUGUGUGAACAGAUUUCUACUGUUAAUUUAGACGAAUUGCUAUAGUGAUUGAUUAUUGAGCACAA